UCCAAUGGCAGCUUGUACUCGCCCUCCUCUCUCUUCGCGUCAUCUCCUUUCUCUCCGCUCACCAUGGCAAACCCUUCUCGUGUAGCCGUUAUAGGCAGCGGAAAAAUCUUGUUUACUUUUUUGUGAUUCAAUGUUGAUUUGAUGCAAAACACGGGUUGUCGAUGGAUGGAUGCUUGUCAGUUUCCGGGGCGGUGUGCGCGUCCCUGCUGGCCGGCAAAGGAGUUUCCGUCACCGUUUUCGAAUCAGGAAGAGGAGCCGGUGGGAGGAUGUCUCAAAGGAGAGAAACCAUGGAAGAUGGGAAAGAACUCUUCUUUGACCAUGGCGCUCCAUAUUUUACUGUGAAUCAUCAUGAAGUAAUGAGCCUUGUCGGCUCGUGGGAAGCACAAGGCCUUGUUGCUGAGUGGAAGGAGAUUUUUGGGUCUUUUGACCGAAACACUGGCAAAUUCCUUGAUUUUGAGAAGGAAGGGCUAACCAAGAAAUAUGUGGGUGUUCCAGGCAUGAACUCAAUAUGCAAAGCACUAUGUCGCGAACCUGGAGUGGAGACCAAGUUUGGGGUCACUGUUGGCAAAAUCAAUUGGCUUCAGGAUAGAAGUUUAUGGUCGUUGACUGGUUUAGAUAGGGAAGAUUUAGGUCAGUUUGAUGGUGUAGUGGCCUCAGACAAAAACAUAACUUCACCAAGAUUUACUGGGGUAACUGGAAGACCUCAACCUCUUGAUAUAUCGUCAUCUCCAGAAUUGGCAGUGAUGUCACAAGAUAUUCCUGUUCGUUCUUGUUUUGUUCUUAUGUUGGUAUUCCGAGAACCACUUUUAUCGAUUCCUGUGAAAGGCUUUUCCUUCAAGAACUCUGAGGUUUUAAGCUGGGCUUUCUGUGACAGUAGUAAGCCUGGCCGUCCUUGUUUAUCCCCUGAUAGUGAACAUUGGGUUUUGCACUCAACAGCAGAGUAUGCAGCUAAUGUAAUAACCAGAACUGGGCUUCGAAAACCUACAAAUGAUACACUGACCAAGGUGGCAGAAGAGUUGUUCCAAGAAUUUCAGACCACAGGAUUGGCCAUUUCUCACCCAUUCUUUAUGAAAGCUCACAGAUGGGGCAGUGCUUUCCCAGCUAUAACUAUCGGUGGGGAGAAGAUGUGUCUGUCGGACGAUAACAGAAGGUUGGUCCUUUGUGGAGAUUUUUGUGCUGGUUCUAAUGUUGAAGGUGCAGUACUUAGCGGCAUACGAGCAGCUUCAAAGAUAUUAGGAAAUUAGAGCAACUUGUGAUGGAGUUGCACUUUACACCACCUGUGGGGAUAUGGUGGGUAACAAUGUUAUGUUUCUGUGUAAUGCAUGUAAAAUGUGUUAGUUAUUAUGGUAUGUCAAUGGAUUUCUCAAAAAAAAAGGGGUUAUGUUAAUGUGCACUUGGUUAAGGGAGCUAUGGCUUGUAAUUAUGGAGAUCAUGGUCAUCUUUGGAAAUUCUUUGCUGCAGCUAACCAAAAGGUUUGGAUAUUUAUGAGCUACAGGAAGAAGGCUAUGUGUACAUUUUAUCUCCCUGCACAAUCCGCAUCGAGAUUUCUGAUGGGAGAAAGUGAGAAACUUAAUUGUUACGGCCUUCUUGUAACGUAGACAUUGUUCUUUAUUUAUACACCAGAUCUAGUUCUACAUUAGCCACUCAAGCCCUCAGUUGUUGCGAAUACCCUGCAGUAUGGUAUGCAUACACUUAUAAUGAAAAAUUGCACU